ACAUGCGCAAACUGCCUCCGGGAAAGGGCGCGCCUUCAUCCCGGCGUUUUGGUGUCAGUCCCGUUCACGACAGAGUCUGCAGUGUGGCAAGCCAACCACUUUAUCCCCUCAUGGAAUGGAGCAGGAGCGAGAUGAUUCAUGGUGAUGGCUUACAGGGCCAUAAACACAAGACGGCACGUGGGACUGCAACAACUCUCGUCACUAGCAGAAACAGGGAGAACUUUCCUAGGCCCAGUAAAAGCAUCUAAGUUUGUUGUAGAUGAACAGUGUCAUGAAAGUGUGUUAAUCAGCUCGACAGUACGGCUUCUUGAAAGUUUGGAUUUAAGCAGUGCAGUGGGACAACUUCUCAAUGAAGCAGUUCAAGCACAGAAUAGCACAUAUAGAACUGGAACCAGUACUCUUUUGUUUCUUGUUGGUGCAUGGAGUCAUGCUGUUGAAGAAUGUCUCCAUAUAGGUGUCCCCAUUCCCAUAAUAGUGUCAGUGAUGUCAGAAGGUUUGAAUUCUUGCUGUGAAGAGGUAGUUUCCCUUCAAGUACCUGUCCACAAUAUAUUCGACCACAUGGACAACACAAAGACAUUUUCGGGAAUUGAAACAUUUAGUAUCAGUUUGUCACCUUUUCUGCAAGUCCCCUCAGACACUGGUUUGAUACAGGAAAAGCAGGACCUCAAAGGUGUUGCCUCUCAAUCCCCGAGCACUUACAAUCUUUCUGAGGCACCUGUGAAGUCACCUAAAUUCUUCAAGACUCAAGCUAAGGUUGAAGAUGAUGAAGGCAAAUCACAAGCUCGGAAGGACAGGCUGCUCGCACACACCUGCUGUAGAAAGUCAGUAUUAAUCCACAGUAGGCACUUUAAUAAGGCAGAUCAUCAGUGGAUUCACAAACCAGAUGGAUCUGUAGAACAAGGUGCAUCUACUCCUAAAGCUUACAGAUGUGAAGAUCUGAUAGAGUUGGCAGUGGGCUUGAGCCAUGGAGAUCACAGCAGCAUGAAAUUAGUAGAAGCAGCCAUGCGGCUGCAAUUUCAGAAUGCAUGUGUGCAGCAAGACAACCCUACAGUGCCAUUUAUGUUUGACAUUUCAAGAAUCUUCACUUGUUGUCUGCCAGGUUUACCUGAAACUUUGUCAUGUGUUUGUCUGGGAUACAUCACUCUUGUGUCUGUGUCAACUACUACCAUGAUCAAAGCAUUGCAAAAUCAGCCAGUCCGACUAGUUCUCAUUGAGGGUGACCUCACAGAGAGUUAUCGCCAUGUAGGAUUUAAUAAGUCUGCAAAUAUUAAAACGGUCUUAGAUAGCGUGAAGCUUCGAGAAGAUAGCUCAGAAGAACUGUGGAUAAAUCAUGUGUUACAGGUAUUAAUCCAAUUUGAUGUGAACCUCCUCCUGGUCCAAGGAAAGGUAUCUGAACAGCUAAUGGAAAAGUGCAUACACAAUAAGCGGUUGGUGAUCGGGUCAGUGAAUGUCAAGGUGAUGCAGGCUUUCGCAGAGGCCACAGGAGCAGUACAGGUGGCUUAUAUCACCCAAGUGAAUGAAGACUGUGUGGGCGAGGGGGUCUCUGUGACCUUCUGGAGUAGUCCUGUGGAUAUUGUAGAUGGGAGCAGCAGAAUGGCAGUUGUGUUAAAAACAGAAGGAAUUAAUUUGGUCACAGCAGUGCUCACUAGCCCAGUCACUGCACAGAUGCAAGCCAAAGAAGAUAGGUUCUGGACUUGUGCCUAUCGUUUGUAUUACGCUCUAAAAGAGGAAAAAGUAUUCCUUGGAGGUGGUGCAGUUGAAUUUUUAUGUCUUAGUCAUCUUCAAAUUCUUGCAGAGCAAUCUCUGAAAAAAGGAAACCAUGCCUGGUCAGGUUGCCUUAUUAAUACCUCCUCUUGGUUAGCCUCGUCUCUGGCAACAUAUAGACCAACUGUGCUUAAAUGCUUGGCAAAUGGAUGGCACAAAUACCUUUCAACUCUUGUAUAUAACACUGCCAAUUACCCAUCACAGUUAGAAGCCAGCUCAUUCAUUCAGCAUCAUGUACAGAAUGCCAAAGAUUCAGGCUCUCCUUCAUCGUAUGUCCUAAAUGAAUAUAGUAAGUUAAGUAGUGGCAUUUUUAAUUUAGGCAUUUCAAAUAAACUGGAGCACAUUCCAAGAGUUUAUGACAUCGUUACACCAAAGAUUGAGGCAUGGCGCCGAGCACUGGAUUUAGUACUGUUAGUACUUCAGUCAGACAGUGAAAUUAUUACUGGACUUGGACACACGCAAAUAAAUCCACAGGAAUUAGAGGGCUUUUUAUUUUUGUAGUAUUAUUAACUAAUAGGAAAUAUAACCUCUUGUGAUUUUUAAUGCUAAUAAUAAAUGUACUUACUAAUAGUCAAGUUAUAGUGCCUAAAAUUACAGUAUUACCAGGAAGAGAACAUUUGUUGUUAUAAAUGUGCAGGCUCUGGGAUUUUUAUCCUACUUAGGAGCUAACAAGUUAGCCUAUGACUAUUUCAUGGGGUGCAACAGAAUACACAGGCACCUUGGUCAGAAACAGAGGACUUUUAUUAUCACAGCAAAGACAGUAGCCAGAGCGUCAUAUUGAUUUGCAUAUACAAUAAGUAUACCAGGAUGCUCAGAGCCCAUAGUAGAUAGCCUUUCUGACAGUUCAUGUCCUUUUGUAUUGGGCUGGGGUUGGCAGAAGACCCAGUGGGAUAAUCUAGGGAGUAAAAUCCCUGAAAAUAAAUGUAAUCUUGACAGUAGGGAUAAUUGACCUCUGAGAAACAGAGAAAGAAAAUCUUUCCAAGUAAACUUGAUCUUGAUAAGCAGAGAAAAGCUACAUAGAAAAGGCUAUACUUUUCAGUACUUCACCAAUAACAGGCAAGAGCCCUGGCCCAUUCCCCCGCCUCCACAAGAGUCCCCUCUUAAUAGUUCUAUAGAAAUCCCAAUAAUUUGAACAGCAGGAAAAGAGAAAAGCCAUUUAAUGACCUUAGUAAAAGAAAAAAAAAAAAAGAUUAAAGCAGACUGUCUUAGUCCUUUUUGGCUGCUAUAACAAAAUGCCACAGACUGGGUAAUCUGUAAAGAAUAGCUUUGGAAAAAGAGAGGGAGGAGAUGAACAAUUUGGAACAUGCUCAAUCGGACUGGCCGCAAAUGGUGGAGUUAGAAAUGUGCCAGGGGAUUCCAACACAAUCCCAUCAAGAUGGCAUGUACCAAUGCCAUCGCACUAGUCCAAGUGAUCAAUUUCAGCUCACAAUUGAUAGCUCUGAUAGCUCUAAGAGUCAAAGAAAUCACACAAACAAGACAAGUAUCUGCUAAUACUAACUGAUAGAAUCAAAAAGGGAGAGAAAGAUCCAACAUGGGAAGUGGGAUACACAGCAGACUCAUAGGAUGGCAGAUGUCCUAAACAACACUCUGGCCACAGAAUCAGCCCUCAAGGCAUUCAGAUCUGGCCGAAGAGCCCAUGAGAGUAUAGCAGGCAUGGAAAGCCAAGAUAUCAUGGGAAAAAAAAAAAAAAAGACCUGAAUGAAAGAUCUCUGUGAGUGAGAUCCCAGUGGAAAGAACGGGGCCAUCAAAGAAGGAGGUGCCCUUCUCCGAAGGGAGG